AUGAUUUGGACUCACUCGAUCGAAGAAUUGUGGACGAGAAAGAAAGUCUUCUCUUCGAUUAUUCUCUGCUUCUUCUCUAGUUUUGAUCAGAUCAGUAAAAUUCUCAAAUCUAAGAUCUCUCUUCCUUUCUGCAUCUCUUUCUCCAUACCUUGUGAUCCUUGUAUCAAUAAAAUUUCUAACUGGCUUGACGAGAAAGUAGCUUGUAUACAUAACCUGGAGAAGAAUCUCACGGCUCUGGUGACAUCCAUGGAAGAGCUCAAGGCUAAGCGUGAUGAUCUGUCAAAAAGGGUCACAAGAGGGGAGGAUAGAGGUCAGCAAAGGCUUGCCGAAAUCGAGGUAUGGCUUAAUAGAGUUGCAAGUAUUGAAAAAAGAGUCAGUGAUCUUCUUAGUGCUAGAGAUGAUGAGCUUCAAAAGCUGUGUCUUUGUGGGUUUUGCUCUAAGAGUUUAAGAUCGAGUUAUGGUUACGGGAAAAAAGUUUUCUUGACGUUAAAGGAGGUUGAGACACUCCAUAGUAGAGAAUUUGAAGUGAUUGUUGAGGAAGCUCAAACACCUCGGAUGGAAGAAAGACCUCUUCAACCCACAAUUGUUGGUCAAGAAACGAUGCUUCAAAAGGCAUGGAAACAUCUCAUGGAAGAUGGAGUUGGAAUGAUGGGUUUGUAUGGUAUGGGCGGAGUAGGGAAGACCACACUUCUCACACAGAUCAACAAUAAGUUCAGCGACGUAAGUAGUGGAUUUGAUUUUGUGAUAUGGGUCGUGGUGUCUAAAGAGUUACAUGUAGAGAAGAUUCAAGAUGAAAUUGCUGGGAAAGUUGGUCUUGAUGGAUUUUUGUGGGAGAUAAAAGAUAAGAAUAAAAAAGGCGUACGUUUGUACAAUUUCUUGAAGAAAAAGAGAUUUGUGUUGUUUUUAGAUGACAUAUGGGAGAAGGUGGAUUUAACAGAGAUUGGAGUCCCGUUUCCAACAACACAAAACGGAUGCAAAGUUGCCUUCACCACUCGUUCCCAAGAAGUAUGUGAUCGGAUGGGGGUUGAAGACCCAAUGGAAGUCCAAUGUUUAGCGGACAAUGAAGCAUUUGAUUUGUUCCAAAAGAAGGUUGGACAAAGAACAUUAGGAAGCCAUCCGGAGAUCCCUGAACUUGCAAGAAUAGUUGCUAAAAAAUGUUGUGGCCUACCAUUGGCACUCGAUGUCAUAGGGGAGACCAUGUCAUGCAAGAGGACGAUACAAGAAUGGCGUCACGCGAUAGAUGUUUUGACUUCGUACGCUAUAGAGUUUUCUGGUAUGGAAGAUAAGAUCCUUCUCCUUUUGAAGUAUAGCUACGAUGACCUUAAGGGUGAGGAUGUUAAAUCAUGUUUGUUGUAUUGCGCUUUGUUUCCAGAAGAUUAUAAUAUUGAUAAAGAAGAAUUGAUAGACUACUUGAUAGGCGAAGGUAUUAUAGAUGGAAGUGAGGGUAUAGAGAGGGCUGAGAACAAGGGGUAUGAGAUAAUUGGUGAUCUUGUCCGUGCAUCCUUGUUGAUGGAAGAAGUUGGAACAGAACAAGUGCAUAUGCAUGAUGUUGUUCGCGAAAUGGCCUCGUGGAUUGCAUCUGAACUGGGAAGAGAAAAGGAGGCUUUCAUUGUGCAUGCAAGUGUUGGGUUAAGUGAAAUUCCAAAGGUUAAAAAUUGGAAUGUUGUGAGAAAGAUGUCACUGAUGAAGAAUAAGAUUCGCAAUCUCGAUGGCAGUCCUGAAUGUCUCCAACUCACAGCUUUUCUCAUGCAACAUGUGGGCGUGUUGUGGCAUUGA